AUGACUACACGUCGUCUAUCGGUCGUCGCCUCGUUAUUCACUUACUAUCCUCUUGCUUUAACUUGUGUAACAACGGUUUUGAACAUUCUUAUUAUCAUAAUUCUUUCUCAAAAAGUAUUCCGUCAAAGGCCAACCAUGCGAUAUAUGCUCGUCAUCGCUUUCGUCGAUAUGUUUCUUCUUUAUGGUUGGAAUUUAGAUCAUUUCUUUAGGCUAAAAUAUGAUUUCGAAGUCGAUCGUUUGUCUGUUUUAUCUUGUAAACUAUCAACAUAUAUUAACCAUGUUUUAAGUCAAUCAUCAGCUUGGCUGCGAGUGUGGAUGUGUGUAGACCGGUUUUGUGCAUUGAAUCAAAUUCGGCAACGUCGUGCUGUUCACCAACAUCGUCGCGUAUUUCUCCUCAUUGCUUUAACAUUCAUCAUUAUAAUGGUGAUUAAUCUCCAUCUACCGAUCUUUGCAUGCUAUGCAUACAAAUAUCACAAUCAAACGAGAAUUGCUGGUGGAUCACUUCAUUUUCCUCUUUACCCAACAUGGAAUUAUAUUAAUCUCGCAUUGUACAACAUCAUACCAUUCGUUCUCAUGCUAGUUUUUAAUGUAUUAAUCAUUCGACAUUUGAUUUUAAUUCAACGAACAUCAACCAUUCGACAUUCACGCAUUCGACAUACAACAAUUUCAAUUCCAAUUCUUCUGUCGGCGUUUCUGUUCUGUCUAAUGACAACACCACCAGCCCUCAUUUGGGCAUUUUUUUAUAAAGCAAUUCGCGCCGGGAUAUUUCAAGAGUAUCUGAUGAGUUUAAUUGAUUCAGUUAAAUAUACUUAUCAUUCCCUUGGCUUUUUCUUAUAUUUCAUAACAUUAGUAGAAUUUCGCAAAGAAUUUUUUCGAUUGAUGCAUUGCCGCUGUAUAAAUACAAAUGAAUUGAUAAAGUUUAUUCAAUCAACAACAACUGGAAGAGCCUAUCGAUAUCGAACACAAUCAGUCAGAGUGCCAACGAUUACAAAAUCAUAG